AUGUGGAGUGUCAUUAGAGAGUUAUGUAAUAAUAUUAUGUCAUUAAAUCCAUAUAUAUCCACUAAAGAUUCUCAAACAUAUCCAAAUUGGUCUGUAUAUUCUGCUUGCGUUGAUCCAAAAUUGAGUUUAUUUUUAGAGUCUAAUAAAUGGCGCCUAAUACGUUAUCAUCGUACUCUUACAAUAGGAUUAGACGAAAAUGGGCGGUUAAUGGUAUAUAAAGAUAACUGUGUGAAAUGUAUAACAGUUGACCCGUCUAUUUUGGAUGUUCAAAUGUCUAAUGAACAUUUAUUUGUACAUUAUAAGUCUGGACAGGUCAAAAUGGCUCGAGAUUUUGUUAAAAAAUUGAAAUUUGACCCACAGUAUAUGGAUAAUUUGCCUGUUCCAGGCCUACUUCUAGGGCUAGGGCGCAUAGUAAACAUGUCAAUAGGAAUAAAUCAUGCUGGAUUUGUCACUAGUGAUGGCGAUUUAUACAUUGGUGGAAACAAUUUUUAUGGACAAUCAGGACAAAAGCCCAAAAAAUUACAUCUUUCCUCGGCAAAUUACCAGCUAAACAGUUAUACUGACCACUCAGAUGAAAUUGAAUUGGUGCCAUAUAAAAAGAUUAUGAACGGUAUAAAAAAGGUAUCAUGCGCCGCUAGACACACAAUUUGUCUAGAUAAAUUGGGAAAUGUUUACAGUUUUGGAGAUGAUUCACAGAUACAGUUAGGGCUGGGUGAUACUAGGGGCACAGCAAUUAACAAAGUAAGGGAUGUCAACAUAAAAUCCAUGGCCCCGAUCACUACCGCAAUUCCUCUUAAACAUUUAGUUACUUAUAAACCUAGAGAAAGGCAUCUGCAAUACAUCCCCCAAAAAUUACCAAUAACAGCUGAUGACAUAAUCACUGGCGAAGAUUUCACCGUUAUCAAAUCUAAUAACACCCUUUUCGCUUGCGGAAACAAUGUUCACGGACAAUGUGGGAAUAACCUCACUACACACCACCAAAUGUUGUUGCCCAUUAAGUUGCCCAAAUGUCACAUUAGAAGUGUAAGCUGUGGAAGGCAACACUGUGUGGCACAGCUCAGCGACGGCAAUACAUAUGGUUGGGGAUUUUUGGGAUUACCCAAUGUGUACGGUAUCGUUUGCCCGCCUAAGAAAGUUGAUUUGCAAGGCAAUAUUUUUUGCAAUGAAGAUGUAACGAUUGUGAAUUAUUGA